AUGACGUGCAUCCAACAUCACGUCCCCCCAUGGCACCACCCUGCUGUCUCUCACGCUGUUGCAGCUUCUCUCCGCCUUGUCUCUCUGUCUCCCUGUCUCUCCACUGCUUUCUGCAGAUCUCUCUCCAACAAUGCUUUCACAGGCUUUAUUCCAGCAGCAGCGAUCGCACAGAUUCCCAAGCUGCAGAAGCUGUAUGCACGCCACCACUUGCAUCCCACCACUUGCACCCCACCGCUUGCACCACACAUUCACAGAGUGAUUUCUCUUGCUCUUAAUUUGUGUCCCUCUCCAUUUUGCUCCCUUUCCCUUUCCACCCUCUCGCUUCCCCCCUCUCCUUCCCCACCCUCUCCCUUCCCCCUCUCUCCCUUCCCGUGCUCUCCCUUCCCCUCCUCUCCUUUCCCCUCCUCUCCCUCCCCCCUCUCUUCCUUCCCCAUCUCUCCCUCCCCCACCUCUUUCUUUGCCCCCUCUUCCUUGCCCGCUGUACGUGUGCACGGCAGGGACCUGAAUGGUGUCUUGUCAGCUCUAUUUCCACAUGUGCCUGUGCCACGCCGCAGAGCCACACUGAGCGAUACCAGCCUUCCACCCCUCCCACCCCUCCAGGGGAGUUUUGAGUCGACUCAAAACUCGCCAUGCCGCAGAGCCACACUGAGCGAUACCAGCCUUCCACCCCUCCCACCCCUCCAGGGGAGUUUUGAGUCAACUCAAAACUCGCCAUGCCGCGGAGCCACACUGAGCGGUACCAACCUUCCACCCCUCCCACCCCUCCAACCCCUCUCCUCCCACACCUCUCCAACCACCUUCCUUUUUCUCCGGCCCGUCUCUUUCACCUACCACUCCACCCCACCCCACCCCACCCCACCCCUCUCUGCCUUCACCCCCAGCGAUCUGAGCCACAACGACCUGUCCGGCCCUCUUCCAACCAGCAUCAGCAGAAUGACAGACCUCAAGGCCAUCAAUCUGAGUGGCAACGAGUUUACCGGAUCCAUACCUGCUGAGUACUCGAAUCUCGCCAGCCUCCAAGUGCUGUCAGUGCCCCACCAACCCUCUCUCUCGCCCUGUCCUCCCCCCCAUGAACCUGCUCUCCUUCCCCCUCUGCUCUCCUUCCCCCUCUGCUUUCCUUCCCCCUCUGCUCUCCUUCCCCCUCUGCGCUCCUUCCCCCUCUGCUCUCCUUCCCCCUCUGCUCUCCUCCCAGUUUCACAUUCUCACUCCCCCGUGCUCACGGGCCCCCCUCGUCCUCCCCACUCCAGCAAUCCCUUUCCACACUGCACUGCCUCUCCGCUCUUUCUCUCCAUCCCCACUUUCCUCUCUCCCCAGUCCCCUGCCUUUCAGCUAUAUGACUUUGAGAACUCUCUCUCUUCCACUCUGCACCCCCGCAGUAACCUCUGCUGCAACCAGAUCAGCGGCACUCUGCCCACGAUUGUCGGAGGACUAUUAAAACUGGAAGCCAUUGACCUGAGCAACAACCUUCUGCAUGGAACCAUCCCCACUCAGUACACUGGCCUUGUCCGCCUCACUCUCCUAAACCUCAACAACAACCAGCUGACAGGCCCCAUACUAGAGCCCAUCCCAGCAUCUCUCACCGUCUACAAUCUUGACAACAACUAUUUCUCCUCAGGCUUCUCCUCCCCACCCAACUGUGCGCAAGGCUCCAUCUCCUUCCGCUUCAACUGCCUUGAAACCCCUCCUGACGGGUACUCUUGUCCCACGCCUGCCACGCCCUGUGCUGCGGCUGCAGCGGUGCAGCGGCCGGAGGCACUCUGUGCUGCCUUCUGUGGCGUGAGUGCUGCCGAUCCCCCGUGCGGCGGGCAUGGCUUGUGCUACCUGGAGGGUCCUAGCAGAGUCCCCAAGUGUGACUGCGAGUCUGGGUUUGUCAGCGGGGAGCUUCCUGGAAGCUGCGUCGCUGAAGGCAGCCCGGGGAGCGGCCCAGUUACCCUGCAGCCAACAGCAGCACAGAUAUCCGUGAAGGGGAGAGCGGCAGUGGCAAGCGACGGCACCGUCACACUCACAGCAGCCUCACAGCUUAACACGUGGGGUGCAGCGUUCCUCCAACUCCCCGUCUCGCUCUUCUCCUUCGCGCUGAAAGCCAGUGCCUGCGGCCGCCCCUUGGCCUUCACCGUCUACUUCUCCUUCUCCAUUCUCAAAACCGCCGCGUCCAACGCUGCAGCAGAAGCGGGGGACGGGUUUGCAUUUGUGAUUGCAGCCAGUGACUCUGUAACAGGCGGUAGCAGUGGCAGCAGCGACGGCAGUGGGGGUGGUGGCAGCUUGGGGUAUGCAGGCAUGGAUGAGCGCAGCAUAGCCGUGGAGUUUGACACUUCUAAGAGCACCGAUGCCAACGACCCAGACAGCAACCACGUGGGACUCAGUGUGAGCGGCAAAACCUCUUCCAUCGCAACAGCCAAAGCGCCCUUGACUCUCAACGACGGCAAGCCAAAGCAUGCAUGGCUCGUCUUUGACCCCAGCAGCAGCAGCAGCAGCAGCAGCAGCGGCGGCGGCGGCGGCGGCGGCGGCGGCACGGGCUCGCUGCAAGUGUUUCUCUCAGCCAGCGCGUCUCCGAAGCCAAGCAAGGCAGUGCUGUCGGAGAAAGUGUCACUGUGCCACUACCUCAAGCCCACCGCACAGGGCGCGUCGUUUCACAUGGGCUUCACUGCCUCUGCAUCAGAUUCCCCGCAGCAGCACUCCAUCCUCGCGUGGAACGUCUCCGCAGGGCAGCAGUUCGGGUUCCAGUUGAGUGAGGCGUCACUGUCACCAAUGGGAGCCAACCCUUUCUUCCGCUAUGCCAGUUUGAGUGAGGCGUCACUGUCACCAAUGGGGGCCAACCCUUUCUUCCGCUAUGCCAGUGCAGGCGUGCAAGCACUGCAGGCGACAGGGGGAGCAGGAGUAGCAGGAGGAGCCGGGGUAGGGGGGGGAGGCGGAGGGGAGCAGCAGGAGGUAUGGGUUGUCAGCCAGGCGUUCUCCUGGGCCGACCUGGGGCUUCCGUGGCCCGUCCAGAACCAGGGCGCCUGCGGCGACUGCUGGGCGUACGCGGUGGUGUGCAGCAUAGAAAUGGCAUACGGCAUUCUCUCCAACCUCUCCGCCGUACCACUCCUCUCCGUCUCCCAGUUGCGCGACGCCCUCGGCUCCUCAUGCUCGCAGGGCAACUCGCCCUCCCAGGCCUUCCAGUACCUCGUCAAUCUCAAUGCCAAGAGCAAAGUCGGGCUCACAUUGGACGGCAGGGCCGGGGCGGUGGCGAACGGCGGGGGCAGGGGCGGGAGCGGGAGCGGGAGCGGGAGCGGGAGCGGGAGCGGGAGCAAGAAGAUGGGAAACUCAGUGGGGCUCAUGGUGCAUGGGAAGGCUGGGGAGCGGGUGGAAAGGAGGGGGUGGAGUGGGCGGCACACGGGGGCAUGGGACCGCGGGGUAGGGAAGAGGUCAAGCCAGAGCCCGCUCUGUGGCCUGCCGUUCUUUGCGCAGCUUGCCAAGGUUCUCGGGAUCUCGUGCGGUGCAGGGCAGGGCUCCGGAUUGUUGGUACGUUGCUCUUCAGUUCAGGUGACUUUCGAGUCGACUCAAAAGUCAUCUCGUGUGGUGCAGGGCAGGGCUCCGGAUUGUUGGUACGUUGCUCCCCUUGGCUCCUCCUCCUUGUGCUUUCCCCACCCCCCCUACCCCUUCUCCCCUACCCCACCUCCCCUACCCCACCUCCCCUACCCCUUCUCCCCUACCCCACCUCCCCUACCCCACCUCCCCUACCCCACCUCCCCUACCCCACCUCCCCUACCCCACCUCCCCUACCCCACCUCCCCUACCCCACCUCCCCUACCCCACCUCCCCUGCCUCACCUCCCCUACCCCUACUCCCCUAAUCCACCUCCCUUGGCCCUCCUCCACUUCCCCUCCUCCCCUGCCAAAACCUCCCCUGCCCCACCUACCCUGCCCUCCUCCCCUGUCCCCAUGUCAGAGCAAGCCGACGGGUGGGCCGUUCAGAGUGAGCGGGUUUGAGCGCACGGCGUUCCACGGCUGGUUUGGGCUGCUGCUGGCCGUGCAGCAACAGCCCGUGGUGGUGCAUGUGCAGGCCAUCGCCCCCUCCUUUCUGAACUAUGAUGGGCUAUCCAAGUACGCGGACCCGUCCUGCUUCACGUACAACCUGAACCACGUGGUGCUGCUGGUGGGCUAUCGCCUCACCGGCUUAGACCCCACCUUCCCGCACAUGGCGCCGCCCUUCUGGAUCAUCCGCAACUCAUGGGGCCCGGAGUGGGGCGACAGCGGGCACAUGCGGAUGGACAUACAGGGGGGCGACGGCGUGUGUGGGAUCAACACGCUGCCUGGGAUCUACCCGGUGGUGCGCGCUGCCAAGGACCCCUGCAACGUCAACGGCACCACCCGUGGGCUGUUUGGGCCGCUCUUCAACCCAUGUGGCAACUUCACGUGCACGCCCACGCCUGAUGGGGCCAGCAACCACUGCGACUGCACCGACCCGCGAUUCGUCGAGGCGCUUCAACCGGACAACUCACGCACCUGUGCUUACAAUGAGCGCUCUCCCCUGGACUUACAACCAGAACCCCGUGAGUCCCCUUCCUCCCACGCCCACAUCGCUACCCAUGGGCUCUAUGGGUGUGGUGGGUGCACUGCACUGCUGCUUGCCCAUUUCCUAGUGACUCCAGACGACCUCACGCCCUGCUCCGUCUACUACACCACGUCCCCGGUACGAUUCCUUCCUUCCCUCCCUCCCUCCCUCCCUCCCUCCCUCCCUCCCUCCCUCGCUCCCUCCCUCCCUUCCUCCCUCCCUCCCUCCCUCCCUCCCUCCCUCCCUCCCUCCCUCCCUCCCUCCCUCCCUCCCUCCCUCCCUUCCUCCAUCUCUCAAAUCCUCCCUCACUCCCUCCCUCCCUUGUCCCACCCAUGUCAACCACAACCUGCAACCCUCUGUUUCCCAACCUAUUUUAACCCUCUACGUAGCCCCACAAACCCCUUCCACUUCUCGCUUUCUCCUUGCCCCCCGUCGUUCCUAUACGACCCUCUUCAUCCAAUCUCCCUACCUACUCCCAACCCUAACAUCCAUGCCCUCCUCUUCCCCGUCCCCUGUUCCCCUCCCGCCCUUCCCCCUGUUCCCCUCUCCUCCUUCAUCGCUCUUCCUUCCCUCUCCCUCCCAUCCCCCCAGGGUGACACAUGUGAGUCGCUAGCCUCCUACUUCUCUCUCUACUCCGACGACUGCCCCACUCCCACCGAGCCCUGUGCAGAGGCCUUCCAGGCGCUCAACCCCGGGCUGGACUGCGCCAGCAGCAGCGGGGAGCUGGUGGGCAGCCAGGCGGUGUGUGUGGAGCGGCGGGCGGAGAGUGCAGCGGCGCUGCUCAUCCCGGUGUGCUCGCAGUUCUAUCUGGUGCAGGCCAGGGAGACGUGCGACCAGAUCCGCUCCGUGCCCUCCCCACCGCUCUCCCCUCUCGAGUUCUUCCGCCUCAACCCCGGCAUCAAGUGCAGCCGCCUCGUGCCCAAGACUGACGUCGGCAGCCUCACAGGCUUCGAGGUCUCCCUCUGCUCUCCCUCUGCUCUCCCUCUGCUCUCCCUCUGCUCUCCCUCUACUCUCCCUCUGCUCUCCCUCUCCUCUCCCUCUGCUCUCCCUCUGCUCUCCCUCUACUCUCCCUCUGCUCUCCCUCUGCUCUCCCUCUACUCUCCCUCUGCUCUCCCUCUACUCUCCCUCUACUCUCCCUCUGCUCUCCCUCUGCUCUCCCUCUACUCUCCCUCUGCUCUCCCUCUGCUCUCCCUCUGCUCUCCUCUGCUCUCCUCUGCGCAACCUUCUUCCACACCACCCUCUUUCCAUCAUCUCUCUCUCCCUUGCAUCACCUGCUCCUCUCCUUUCCAUUCUCUUCCAAGGCGCCUUAGAAAGCUUCCAAUGCUCUUCAAAAGCCUUCUGAGGCGCAUUAAAUGUUUGGAGCUGCAUGGUACGUCUUGA